UCUGGUGCCAAGGUGAUUGUACCUCCACGGUACCUGGACGAGUACAAGAACCUGCCCGCGCUUGAUUUCAGUGCCUUCAUCGUCAAGGACUUCUACGCAACCUAUCCCGGCUUCGAGGGGUUCAGCCCUGCAAGUAACGGCGAGAUCCUCCAGAACGCCCUCAAGAAACAGCUCCCUGGAGUUCUAGGUAAGGCUUCUUCUCCCUUCCCUCCAACUCACCAAUUAACAAAAGUUACAUGCGACCUAUACAUAGGCCGGCCCAAGGAGUGGACCAAGAUCAACCUCAAGACUGCGGUGCAGCACUGCGUGGCCCGCCAGACGUCGCGCAUCUUCCUGGGGCCCAAGCUGGCCGACGACCCAGAGUGGCAGGCCAUCUCGACCUCGUACGCGACCGACGUCUUCCGCGCCGUGCAGAGGCUCAACGCCCUCCCGGCCCUGCUGCGGCCGCUGCUCCACUGGGUCCUGCCCGAGUGCCGCCGCAUCCGCGACGAGGUCCGGCAGGCGCGCGCGCUCAUCAACCCAGAGGUCGAGAGGCGGCUCGACGAGAUCCGGCGGUUCGGCGCCCCGCGCAGAAAGGUCCUGGACUCGGUGGACUGGCUUGUCGCGGCGGCCUCGGCAAAGCGCCAGCCGCUGCCUGACGUGGGCGUCAUGGAGAUCGCGCUCGCCAUGGCCAGCAUGAACUCCACGUCGCGCGCUGUGGGCUACCUGCUGCUGGACGCGGCGUGCUACCCCGAGUAUGUGCAGGAGCUGCGGGACGAGGUGGUGGCGGUGCUGGCCGAGACGGGCCAGAUCGACAAGAAUAUGCUCUUCAAGCUGAAGAAGAUGGAUAGCUUCAUCCGGGAGAGCCUGAGGAUCCACCCAGGGCUGAAUGCAAACAUGCCUCGUGUAGCCCAGCAGGACAUCACCUUCAGCGACGGCACGCAAAUCCCCAAGGGCGCCUACCUGAUGAUGUCCCCCCCGCCCAUGCUCAACCCGGCCGUCCACGCCGACCCCGACAAGUUCGACGGCCUCCGGUUCUUCCGCCUGCGCGCCUCCAGCCCUAGCAACGAGAACAAGUACCAGACCGUCACCACCUCGCCCGAGAUGACCAUGUUCGGCCACGGCCUGCACGCCUGCCCCGGCCGCUUCUUUGCCUCCAACAGCAUGAAGCUCAUGUUUGCCUACAUGCUGCUCAACUACGACUUUGCUCUGCCUGAGGAGGCCAAGGGCGAGCCCCUGCCCGAGCUGUACAUGAACUUCCAGAUGAUGCCGGACUCGAGGCAGAUGUUGUUGUGCAGGGCCAGGACACCCGAGGUGGACUUUUUGGAGUACUGUGAGGGU